AACCAGCCUGGACCACAGCGGCGUUAUGAAUCGCAGACGCGCGGUGUUACAAGCCUGACACUGCCUAGACACACACACACCAGGACCUCGGCUACAGCGGCUCUCUGGAGCGGGACACGCCGGCAACAUCUCGACUGGUGCCGACUUUAGUCACCUACAACCAACCAACUGAGUGAGCUGCUUUGCUGCCCGGAACAUUUCUCGCACCAAAGUGGAACAACUCCUCGCUAUUGAAAAUAACUCGACAAUCUUGUGACACCUUUCUACCUAUCGUUUGCACAAGAAUACUUUAAAGAAUUUAAUUUAAGUUAAAAAAAAAAAGUAAUUAGCAGUUAGGGAAGGACUUUUUUGUUGUUAUUGUGUUUUUCGCAGUAGGACAUGGAAGCGUUGGUGUACUUGGUCUCUGCGCUGUGGGUAGCGGCUGGGGUGCAAGGCAAGUGUGGGCCGGAGUGCCACUGCCCCGACGCUGCUGUGAGCUGUCCCCCGGGUAUCAGCCUGAUGUUGGACGAUUGCAACUGCUGCAAGGUGUGUGCCCGGCAGUUCAACCAGGACUGCAGCACCAUGGAACCCUGCGACCACGUCAAGGGCCUGGAAUGUAGCUAUGGACCGAGCGACGGUGCUGCCAGGGGCAUUUGCCGAGCAAAAUCGGAAGGAAGGCCGUGUGAGUUUGCGGGGAAUAUCUACCAGAACGGGGAGAACUUUAAACCCAACUGCAAGCACCAGUGUACUUGCAUUGAUGGCGUGGUGGGCUGUAUGCCAUUGUGUCCUCAAGAAUUCUCCCUGCCAACCUUGGACUGUCCCAAGCCUCGACUGGUGAAGGUGCCAGGCCAGUGCUGUGAGGAGUGGGCCUGUGAUACCAACCACAUCGGCGAAGACUCUGCAGACAGCACGGAAGAAAACAAAGACUCCAUGAGCUACGAGGAGAUCGGAGACCAGCCUGACGCAGAGCCACUCUCGAGCAAGGAACUGACCGAGCUCGUUAGAGCUGGCUUGCAGAUCGAACCAGCGUGGAGAGUCGGGAGCCGUGAUGUGAAGUCCAAGUGCCUGGUCCAGACCACCGAGUGGUCGCAGUGCUCCAAGACUUGCAACAUUGGCAUCUCCACCAGAGUGACCAGUGACAACCCCCAGUGCAGGCUGAUGAAGGAGACCCGCCUGUGCCAACUGCGCCCAUGCAACUUGCCACUCAACACCAACCUCAAGAAGGGCAAGAGAUGCUUCAGGAUGAAGAAGGCCCGGGAGGCUCUGCGUUUCACCUACGCCGGCUGCACCAGUGUGCGUCGGUACAAACCGCGCUGGUGUGGAUCGUGCACGGACGGGCGCUGCUGCACGCCCUCGCUGACCCGCACCGUCCACGUGCGCUUCCGCUGCGACGACGGAGAGAUCUUCUCCAAGAGCAUGAUGUGGACAGACAAGUGCCAGUGCCACUACAACUGCGCCUACCAGAACGAGAUCUCCUACCCCUACUAUAUGCUGCACAACGACAUCCACAAGUUCUCAGAGUAAGCUCCUGGUCAACACUGGCACCAACAUGCAGUGCCCCCUCACCCACUUUGCUGCCGAGCCACUGGAAAUCCCACCAGUGCCAAACAUUUACCGAUAUAAGCAAACCCCAGACACUAGACUGAUGGCAAUCUACAACAUUGCUGCCCUGGCACCUUCAACCAUCAAUGACUAUUUCACCUGUCUGUCGACCUUCAGCUCCAGUGGUCUACGUCCACCACACCUGUAGCUCUUCAAUCCUCAUCCACACCUGGCCUUUUGCUGCAUUACAGACUUGCAAACCAGCUGGCCAUUUAAAAACUGGACAAUUGUAUUAACCAGAAAGGAUGUGGGGGGGACAAACACAAGGUCGUCCAAUUGAUACAAAGAACAGACUGGGUGUUAAGGUUUGCACCUCCUGAAAAUUAUUUUUGUUGAGAAGAAUAACGAAAAACCCAGACAGACUGGGUGUAGCCAGGAAGCAAACAUCUUCAAGCUGCCAUUGAAUAGGUUAGUUGGUGACGUGAGUCUCUUCUAAGCCGGUUUUCAGGCUUGGUUUAGAAAAGAUCAAAUUAACUGUAACAAAAAAUAAUUUUGUAUUGAGAUUCUCUCCCUGCCUAAUUUAACCAGAGUUAACGUUGAUGUAAAUAAAGUUACAGAUGGAUUUAAAAAAAAGUAUUAUUUAAGGUCAUUGGACAUAUUUUCUCUUUGAAGUUGAGAAGAAGUAUUGACGCAUGUAUCCAGUGGGUAUCUGCGUGUGAUGCAGAUGAUGCUAGUGAGUUGUUGCUGGUUUCUGUGCUUCCAGCAGUACAGUGUAGGAAUGUUCCAGAACACACUGAGGGGCUGGUCAUCUCCAAUCUCCAGCACAUGCAUCUGUUCUAUCAACUAUGGCACGGUGGUGCAGCGGUAGAGUUACUGCCUCACAGCGCCAGAGACCCGGGUUUGAUCCUGACUACUGGUGCUGUCUGUACGGAGUUUGUUCCUGGAUUUUCUCCGGG